ACGUGGGGCGCCCUCCGCCGCAGCCCGGGCUCGCCUGGCUACGGCCACAGACGUGGGCAAAACCGGAGCCCCCGCUGCCAAAGGAGAAGGCGGGAGGCGUGCGGGAGGCGCGCUGGGAAAGGGCGUCUGUGUGCCGAGAGUGAGCGUGGGUACGACGGUUGGGGGUGGGCCUACACGACUGGAGCGUGGAACAGCGGCCCCAGCAGCCCCCAGCUCCAACCGCCGAUAGGACUCCAAAGGAGGCAGGGCCACAGGACUCCCAAUGACUCCAGGAAAGGACCUGAGACCACCUGGGCAGGACCAGGCCCCUUCCUCUGAAAGCCACGUGGUUGCUGGCUUCAACCGCCUUCGGCAAGAACAGAGGGGCUUGGCAUCCAAAGCAGCUGAGUUAGAAAUGGAGUUGAAUGAGCACAGCCUAGUGAUUGAUACGCUGAGAGAGGUGGACCCAACCAGGAAGUGCUAUCGAAUGGUUGGUGGAGUGCUGGUGGAGCGAACUGUCAAAGAGGUGCUGCCUGCCUUGGAGGGUAACAAGGAGCAGAUUCAGAAGAUCAUCGAGACACUGACCCAGCAGCUUCAAGCAAAGGGAAGGGAGUUGAAUGAGUUCAGAGAGAAACAUAAUAUUCGGUUAAUGGGAGAAGAUGAGAAGCCAGCGGCCAAGGACAAUGGGGAGGGCUCUGGGGCCAAGGCCAGCUCAGCUGGUGUGCUAGUCUCCUAAAAAUCAAGACUUCUAUUGCAUUUUCCCCCCCAGGCCUCUUACACACACACCCUUUAUUAUUAUUUUUCUUUGUUGCUGCUCUUGUAAUAUUUUUGUUAAAUAAAUGGUUUGGUCACAA